CUGUAUAUGCAUGUGCAUGCGAUCAUUUUCACUUCAGAUAUUUGUGGACGUUGAUCCGGGAUUAUUGACGCUGAGAGCAUAAUUGUUGGUGCAUUCGAGCUUUGGUGGCCGCAGAAGAUGCAGCACGAGGAUGGUGCUGUCAUUUGUGGGUAUGGAGAGGGAGGAGGCGUUGAGCAUCUGAAAGACUUUAAUGAACGCUGUCAGUGUCUUUGAAAGCGAAAUAGUCAGAGGCACAGGAAGAAUGCGGUGGAAAGUGCUGUGCUUUUAAUAUGUUCAUGUUGGAGGCACAUAGACGCCAUGUGCUGACUUCAAGUGAUAAUGAUUACUAUCUAGCAUCCCAGAAAAGGAAUCUUCCCAUUGUCUUCAGAUCCUGCGUUCGCCUGCAGCUGGUCCCUUCAUUUUGUUAGGUUGAAUAUGUAGAUCUUGUUUUUUUUUUUUUUUUUUUUUUUUUUUUUUCUUCCUCCCCGAGUUGCCUAGACAAUCGUUUGCUCUGUUAGACAAUGUCUGGCUCUCGCAAGGACUUUGAUGUGAAGCAGAUACUAAAAAUCCGAUGGAGGUGGUUUGGUCACCAAACAGCACCUGUCAGUGCUGCCCAACAAGGAGACUUUUUGAGCGGCGGUCAGAGCUCGGGGGGUGAGGACAGAAAGUUUUUGGACUCCAGUAACCUUCCUCUGCCCUUGCAAUCAGUAGAAUACAGGAGAAACAUCAAACAGGGCUACCAACAUUUGCUUCCAUGCACCAUGGCAUCUUCAUCUGAGCCCGCUGCCUCCUCAGCCGAACUUGCAGCAGGUGCCUCUGAAGCAGGACAUUGUCUUAACAAACCAGAAACGGAAGAUGGUGGCAGUGAGGAGGACAUUAACUCAGAAAGCAGUUCAUGCAGGACCUCAAACAGCAGCCAAACGUUAUCUUCCUGCCACACAAUGGAGUCCUGUGCCCCAGAUGAGUACUUCCAGUCCCCCAACCAUGCUGAGCAGACCUUUAAGAAGAUGGAAAACUACUUGCGGCACGAACAGCUCUGUGAUGUCAUCCUGAUCGCUGGCGAUCGGAAAAUCCCUGCACACAGGUUGGUUCUGUCCUCUGUAUCGGAUUACUUUGCAGCAAUGUUCACCAGUGACGUCAGAGAAGCGAAGCAGGAGGAGAUUAAAAUGGAGGGUGUCGAACCCAACGCUCUUUGGGCCUUAGUUCAGUAUUCAUAUACAGGUCGUCUGGAGUUAAAAGAAGACAACGUUGAGAGUCUCCUGUCCACUGCUUGUCUCCUGCAGUUGUCUAAGGUUGUGGAGGCUUGUUGUAAGUUCCUAAUGAAGCAGCUUCAUCCUUCCAACUGCCUUGGUAUCCGCUCUUUUGCUGAUGCCCAAGGAUGUCCUGAUUUACUUAAAGCGGCUCACUGUUACACAAUGGAACAUUUCAUGGAAGUAAUAAGAAAUCAAGAGUUUCUAAUGUUGCCUGGGACAGAAAUUGCCAAACUACUAGCAAGUGAUGAUAUGAAUAUUCCUAAUGAAGAAACCAUUCUGAAUGCUUUGCUGACCUGGGUCCGGCACGAUGUAGAGUCGAGAGGAAGAGAACUUAGUAAGCUGCUGGCUUAUAUCCGCUUGCCUCUGUUAGAGCCACAGUUUCUUGCAGACAUGGAGAAUAAUGCACUAUUCAGGGAUGAUAUUGAGUGCCAGAAACUAAUUAUGGAAGCCAUGAAAUACCAUUUAUUGCCUGAGAGGAGGCCUAUGUUACAGAGCCCUCGUACAAAACCCAGGAAGUCUACUGUAGGGAUGCUGUUUACUGUCGGUGGGAUGGAUGCCACGAAAGGAGCUACUAGUAUUGAAAAGUAUGAUCUGCGGACUAACAUGUGGACCCCAGUAGCAAACCUGAAUGGCCGGAGGCUGCAGUUUGGUGUUGCAGUGUUGGAUGACAAGCUGUAUGUUGUCGGAGGGAGGGACGGACUGAAGACACUGAAUACUGUUGAGUGUUAUAAUCCUAAAACCAAAACGUGGAGUGUCAUGCCUCCCAUGUCUACGCAUCGGCACGGUCUGGGUGUGGCUGUUUUAGAAGGUCCCAUGUAUGCUGUUGGUGGCCAUGAUGGUUGGAGCUACCUCAACACGGUGGAACGAUGGGAUCCUCAGGCCAGGCAAUGGAACUUUGUUGCAAGUAUGUCAUCUCCAAGGAGCACUGUAGGUGUAGCGGUCUUGGGUGGAAAGCUUUUUGCAGUGGGUGGUCGGGAUGGAAGUUCUUGCCUAAAGUCUGUAGAAUGCUUUGAUCCUCACACCAAUAAGUGGACCUUGUGCUCACAGAUGUCCCAAAGAAGAGGGGGAGUUGGGGUAGCCACAUGGAAUGGUUUCUUGUAUGCAAUUGGUGGACAUGAUGCCCCAGCUUCGAAUUUAGCAUGUCGACUUUCAGACUGUGUAGAAAGGUAUGAUCCCAAAACAGACACGUGGACCUCGGUGGCCUCCAUGAGCAUUAGCAGGGAUGCAGUAGGUGUCUGUCUGUUGGGCGACAAACUGUAUGCUGUAGGUGGAUAUAAUGGGCAGAGCUAUCUCACUAAUGUGGAGGCUUAUGACCCACAAACAAAUGAAUGGACACAGGUUGCACCAUUGUGCCUUGGUAGAGCUGGGGCGUGCGUUGUCACCGUGAAGCUUUAGCCCACAAGUCUUAUAUGUCACCUGCACAGACUGUCACAAUCCCAAAGAGCUACACAAUAAUGACUUAUUUAUAGAGCAUACGGCUUUAUUGUGGAUGGAUACUACUAUUAUUUAUCACGAGUUAUUGCGUUCUACCUGCACUCUUUAUGGAUGUUGAGAGAGUAUUUAACUCAUUAUAUCGGACCAACGUAUAGAGAUGUUUUAUACAUGUUAAGGCAGAUUUGCAGGUCAAACCGUGGAACCAGUCUUGUACUGAUCUAUCAAAAGCAGAAUAUUGAAGUAUGAUGUUACUUUUACUAUGUCUUCUAUCUACACAAUCGCGUGCAAAGCUAUCGCUUCUUGCGGAAUCAAAGCAAGUGCAAUCAGGGCUCCUGAAGGUUUGUAGGGGCCCACGUUAGGAUUGGUGAUCCCCAGGACACUAAGUGCACAUGGUAUGUGGGGUACACUUUAAGAGGGAGCUAAGGAACAAUGGCAAAGAGUGAAAACUGAAGGAAAAAACUGUUUUACCUGUUUGUCUUUAGACGUGUGACCUGGUGGUGUUAAUUAUUUGUUUGCCUUUAUUUUGUUUUUCUUUUCUUUUUCAUUCCUAAUUUGUGAUUUUCACAGAUCAAUGUUUUAUGAAAUAUGUGGUUGAAUGUCAUCCCUUGGAAUUUCACAGUAAUUGUUAAAACCAAAACCCAAAAGGUAUAAAUGUGCAGUAGAUAACCGAAAUUAAAGGGGUUUUCCUGGAUUUUAAUAUAGAUGACCAAUGCUUAGAAUAGGCCACUAAUAUGUAAUCAGCAGGGAUCCGUCGCUCCACACCUCCACUAUCACCUGUUUUGCGGUAGCUCAGGUGCUAGACGAAGCUGGUAACUGCAGCUCUGCUCCCAUUCACUCAAUAUGUACUUCUGGAUCAGACUUCCGACACCCAAGCUACCUCAGAAUAGCUUAUUGGUUGGGAUGUCGGACCCCCACUGAUCAGAUACUGAUGGCCUAUCAAGAGGAAAGGCCAUCUCGAG